AGUUACAGUUGCUCACAGAAGAAGGAAGUCAGCCGUGCAUUUGAAUGCUUGAAAACCCUUUUACUCUUUAAGGACUUAUUUCUGAACAAGUGAUCAACAAAUUUAAAAGGCUGGACAAGCUAGAUGGAGUGCAACAUGUUGCUAUCGGUUCUCCUUUUUUUAGUAUUCUCAAUUGGAACAGCAGAAAAAGAAAUGAAUCCAACAGUAUUUUCAACUGGAACAGCAGAAAACGAAAUGAAUCCAACAGAAUCAAAUAGUUACCUUACAUCAGCUAAGCCAAAAGAUUCUGCAGAACACUCUACAGCUGCUAAAGAAACAAACAGUUUCCUGACAUCAAUUAACUUGAUGGAAACUACAAUCCACACUGAAAUUCGGGAAGAAUCAACAAGUUCUCUGAUCUUAACUGAACCAGUAGAAACUACAAUGCAAUCUACAGUUGAUAAAGAAUCAACUAGUUUGCAGACACCAACCAAACUUAUGGAAACUACAAAACCCAGUGAAAUUCAUAAAGAAUCAACUAGUUUGCAGACACCAACCAAACUUAUGGAAACUACAAAACCCAGUGAAAUUCAUAAAGGUCCAAGCCAAAAUGACAAGAAAGAUAAAUUAUAUUCUGCUACUAAUGAUCACAAAACAAAUGAUGACUCAUUCUCUUAUGAUUAUGAUCGUGUGAGAAGAGAUGGACUCAUAUGUGCAGCAGUUCUCUUUGUUCUAGGGAUCCUUAUCAUAACAACUGGAAGGAUUCACAAGGGGUCAAGAUGUAGAAAAAGACAAAGAAGAACGUUUGAAGUGACACGGUUAUGAGGACUUUCUCAGAUCAAUCUGGAGUGCCACUGAUGUUUACUUGCUAACUACAGAAUGAUUGAAUUAUGAUGAAUUUUGAAAUAAAACAUUCUAGUGUGAAUUUCA